AUGAGUUGUGCGGAGGUGAUGUAUCACCCCCAGCCGUAUGGAGCGCCCCAGUGUCUGCCCAACCCAGUGGCAGCCACAACCUGCCCCACAGCCUGCUACUACCCGUCGCCCCAACCUGGCCAGCAGAAAAAGUUAGCGGUAUACAGCAAGAUGCAGGACUCUCUGGAAGUCACCCUUCCCAGCAAACAAGAGGAGGAGGAGGAGGAUGAGGAGGAGGAGGAGGAGGAGGAGAAAGACCAGCCUGCCGAGAUGGAGUACCUUAACUCUCGCUGUGUCCUUUUCACUUAUUUCCAGGGAGACAUUGGGUCAGUAGUGGAUGAACACUUCUCAAGAGCUUUGGGCCAAGCCAGCACCCUCCAUCCAGAAUCUGCCAUUACAAAAAGCAAGAUGGGGCUAACCCCCCUAUGGCGAGACAGCUCAGCUCUCGCAAGUCAGAGGAGUAGCUUCCCAACUUCCUUUUGGACCAGCUCUUACCAGCCCCCUGCACCCUGCUUGGGGGGAGUUCACCCUGACUUCCAGGUCACUGCGCCCCCUGGCACCUUUACUGCAGCCGACCCCAGUCCCUGGCCAGGACACAGCCUGCACCAGACUGGCCCAGCCCCUCCCCCUCCUGUGUCUGAGUCCUGGCACUACCCUUUGGCAUCUCAGGUGAGCCCAUCCUACAGCCACAUGCAUGAUAUGUACUUGCGGCACCACCACCCCCAUGCUCACAUGCACCACCGGCACCACCACCACCACCACCACCACCACCACCCUUCUGCUGGCUCCGCCCUGGAUGCGUCCUACCGGCCCCUGCUGAUGCCAUCAGUGCGAGCAGCCAGGAUUUCUGCUCCCCAGUGUGACAUCACAAAGACAGACCCAACCACAGUCAGCACUGCUACCUCAGCGUGGGCCGGAGCCUUCCAUGGAACUGUGGACAUAGUGCCAAGUGUGGGGUUUGAUGCAGGUCUACAGCACCAAGACAAGAGCAAGGAAUCACCAUGGUACUGA